UCCGUUCAGUGAACUCGACAUUUGAAUAAUAUAUAUGGAGUUCACUGAGUCCGUUGAGUGUGUUUCUAUAGCAACAGACGCCACCAUGAGAAGAUAAGUAUUCAUAUUGGUUUAUUCAAUUAUCAACAGAGUUUUUUUACUUCAGUCUACUUCAUUGAGGGUAAAGUUAUGACGUUUUUGUUUUUAAAGCUAAACUGAACCCGUUAUUAAAAUGUUAAUGCGAAUGACGCUGUUUUGUUUACAUUUGUAGUGCAUAUUGAACAGCUUUUAUUUUACAGGGAUUUUGGCGAUAUAAAAGUUUGUAUAAUUUCAUUGGAACUACACCUGACCGUUGUGUAGUUAAUGUAGGUAAUAUUUUUGAAACCCUUUCCUCUCAAUUGCUUUUUGUUGAGUACAACUUAUAAAAAUUGUCAAAGAAAAAUUGCUCAAUAACGGAAGCAAGGAGAGAUGGCAACCUUUGUACAUAGAAAUAUUAUGAAAACGUUAUGAUUUUGGUUAUGUUUGUUAUUUAGUGCGGAAACGUUGAAAUCUGUGUUUCGUAAACUUUCGUUGCAAGCCGGUUUUCAGUCCUCGCUGUCGCCGGAGUAAAUGUCAUAAAGCGGUGAACCAAGAAUUUUCAAGGGCUGUUUUCGAAGAGCACCCCGCCACCCCCCUCUCUUAUAACUGUGCAUAAAAACAUCUAUUUAGCAAUUUCUAAUGUUGUGUUCGCAUUUAGAGAUUGCCAGCUGAAAAUGUCGAGACUUUCUUGUUGGAAGCGUUACAAUCCCUGGCAAGGAUAUCUUAAACUAUGUCGUUUUUGCAACGACACAAUCUCUCGGUUUUUUUCUUUUCUUGGUGAGAAAGUUGGUAAAUAUCCCUCGAAAACAAUCCUACUGGCGGUUUUCUUUAUGGCGAUUUCAGCAUCUGGAUUUGCUUUUUUUCGCGUGGAAAACAGAACAGAGAUCUUGUAUGCUCCUAAGGACAGCGAAUCAGUAAAGAAUCUGAGAAAGGCAAACAACUACGGUUUUUAUGACCCUGCUAGAAGGGCAGAGAUAAUUAUAUUAGGAAAAAAUGAGUCAAACGUUUUGACAGAAGAGUGUUUUAUAGAAGCAUUUCAACUUCACGAGGCGAUUGUUUCCAUUCCACGAUACAAAAGCGUUUGUCUUCCAAACAUAAAAAGCGAUCCUUUAGCAGCAACGAGCUACUGUAAACGGGAAGAACCGUUUUGGAUGUUUAAUUACUCGCAAAAUUUCGUUAAUUUGUUGCCUACAUUGAACAAUUACACGAAUACAAGUGGUCGGCUGUUUUCACGGAUUCUUGGUAAAGCAAAGUACAGCAGAAAUGGAUCAAUUUUGUCUGCAAAAGGAUUGAGAUUCGUUUACAACAUCAGAGGAGUUGAGAUUGGUGAUGAUGUUGAUCAAUCCUCAGAGGAUUGGGAGAAAGAAUUUUUGAAAAAAAUGGAAAGUUAUCCCCCUUUAGACUGCGGAUCCUUGGUGUACAACGCAGAACGCAGUAUCGACGAAGCAAUCGCAGAAAGUACCGGGAACGAUGUGAAGCUUGUAUCCUUGACAUUCACGAUAAUGAUAAGUUUUGCGUGUUUCAUGUUGGGCAAGUAUCGUAAUCCUUUGACUGGUCAUGGUUUGUUAGCCUUUGGUGGUAUACUGUGUGUUGGCUUUGGUAUUCUAACUGGUUUUGGUUUUUCAAUGCUGGUACAGACACCGUUUACCAGCAUUGUUGGAAUUUUACCAUUUCUUGUCAUUGGAGUUGGUAUCGAUGACAUGUUUAUCAUAGUUGAUGAGCUCGAUAGGUCCGAACCAGACCAGAACAUUCCCAAAAGGCUUGGCAUUGUCAUGAAGACCGUCGGCCCGGCAGUCACCAUGACAACGUUGACAGACUCUCUCGCAUUUGCUGUUGGUGCUUCAUCAAGAUUUUUAUCCAUUGUCUACUUCUGCACAUUCGCUGCACUUGCCAUUUCAUUUGCAUUUGUAUUUUUAAUGACAAUGUUUGUGGCUUUUAUGUCAUACGAUUGCCGUCGUAUGCUUGAUGGCCGCCGGGAUAUGUUCCCUUUUAUCAAAGCACCACCCCCACCACCUGGGAAAUCUCGUUGGGACGAGCCCCUACCGCAAAUGUCCAACAAAUUUAUGGAGUACUGGGGAAAUUUCAUCAUGAAACCACCUUCUAAAGUGAUCAUUGCUCUUGUAUCGAUGGCCUUGUUAGGAGCUGGUAUUUAUGGAACAACAUUUUUAAAGGAAGAUUUUGAUCGUCGAAAUUUGGCCAAAGAUGGUUCAAUAUAUAUACAAUUCUUGGACACAGUCGAAAAGUACUUUAACACUGAUGCACCUGUUGAUAUCAUCGUGGAGUCUGGAGUGAAUUAUUCCAACCCUUUAACGCAGAGUGAAUUGAGUAGUUUGAUGGGAAUUGUGAGGGAAAACAAAUAUUUUCGCCCUGACAUUGUAUCAUGGUUUACAGAACUUCAGAAAUGGCGUAACAAAACUCGAAACAAAACAGAAAAUGUACUGGAUUCUCUUGAUGAUUUUUGCUUAGUCACCCACAGUUCAGGAAAGAUAUCUUCUUUGCUAGACAAUACAACGAUUCUUUCUUCGCGAUUUUAUUGUUAUAUGAUCGGAACAUCGCGUUCUGUAAUCCUUCGCAAAGCUUUGGAAUCCUUUCGCAAGGAUUUAAAGGAUAAACUAAGCAUUCCUAUUUUUGCAAGCUCCUAUCAAUUCAUCUAUAUCGAGCAGUUCAUAGCCAUCCAAAGCGAAACCACGCGUAGUCUUGUCAUUGCUGCUAUUGCCAUAACUAUUGCAACCAGUUUCUUUUUGGUGAAUCCGCUGGUCAUUCUUCUAGUGCUGGUUGGGUUUGUGUCUCUGAUAUUUGAGUUGCUAGGUUUCAUGUAUAUAUGUGGCGUUUCAUUAAACUCCAUCUCAAUGAUCAACUUGGUAAUGGCGAUCGGUUUUGCUGUUGACUACAGUGCUCACGUAGCUCAUUCGUUUGUAUUCUCCACGGAAAACAAUCCUGAACAAAAAGUUAUCGAAGCUCUUAGGACGACAGGGGCAAGUGUAAUAAUGGGCGGUUUCAGUACGUUCUUAGGAAUGGUGGUAACAGCUUUUGCGUCUUCAGAGAUUUUCCGAAUUUUCUUCAGAAUGUUUGUAGGAAUUGUUGUUCUCGGUCUGCUUCACGGUCUUUGUUUCCUACCAGUAUGGCUAUCCAUCUUUUGUCGUUGGCAUAUAAACGUACACCCUGAAGAUGAUGAUGACGUGAAACAGAAUUCACCUGCUAAGAGGGACGCAGAUAAAGAUCACCCGUCAUCCAAGAAUAACUCAGUGAUGAUUAAGAAUGAAGCGGAAAACAAUAAUGCUAAUGAAGCAAGAAACAACAGCGCUAAUGAAGUUGGGAACAACAACGCUAAUGAAGUUGGGAACAACAACGCUAAUGAAACAGGGAAAAAUAAUUCAGUUUCACCUUUGGAAAUGUCAAUGCCAUCUGUCAAUGGCAUUGAAACUGCGAGAUAAGGAGGAAACACAUCUAUAAAGUUGGUACAUGUAUUCUUUGCUUUUAGGAAUUAAUGAUCAGUAUACUUCUACAAGGCACAGACUUCACCCAUGAUAAGUCAAUGAAUAAAUAAAUGCAAGAUCAUCACUUCUUAAUAAGACCAAUUCUCUUGUUAUCUCUUUUUAUUUAUUUUAUUUAUAUUUAUCUAAGACUAAUAGUAGGAUGUAUAAAAGAAAGAAGACCUCUCGAUUGACGUAUUGUGAAUCAUAAUUUGUGAUAAUUGCAAUGCCUAUCUCUAUUCUAGACUCACGAAUGCAUAAAGUAUUGUCAUCUAUGUGCAUGUAUUACACAUCUUUGUCAUAUUAGUGGAAAAGCUUUCCUGCUGCUGGGAAUUAAAAGUAACCCUCAACUCAAGCAACAAAA